AUGGCAUCUUCUUCACCAGCUAUCAUUAAACCAAUUCGGAAGCGUAAACUAAAGCAUUCUAAUCACCAUAUUAUGGUUUUAUUAAAAGAAUGGUUCCAUGAUGCAAAAGCAAAUGGUUUACAAACGGCACGCUGUUAUUCAAAGGCAAUGCGUUCUUUAGAAAAAUAUCCAUUACCACUGCAGCGAGGAAGUGAUUGUCGAAUAUUGUUUGGAUUUGGUGAGAAAACAUGUCAAAUGAUCGACCAGCAUCUGAAUAAGAAAAAACCAGAUGAUGCCUUGCAAUUAACAGAUACAAAAACAAUUUACAAAGCUGCUUCGGUUCCAGAUUUUAAUAUGAAUCAGCAACAACAUGAUCAAGAUUCGGAUGUUGGUAAUAAUGCCAUUUUACCGUCCAAACGAAAAGCAACAACAACAGCUAGUAAAAAUACGACGAUCAAAAAGACCAUUAGUUCUGGACCAUUGAUGGAUACUGGUGGUGAUGCAACAUCUCAAUUGCCUGCCAGUACAACAACAACAUCGAUGAUAUCAACCUUACUUGGUUCGAAUAAACCAAUGACAACAAAUAUAACACCACCAAAUGCUAUUUUAACACUGAAACCUUCAACAUUUCGAAUUAUUCUCUGUAUUGAUAAUCAAGAAGCGACAAGUUAG